AUGCUGCGCCAUGCAUCUGAUGGAUCAGACUGCAGUGCAGCCUCGUUAGAAGACCAAAGUGACAACCAUCGGAAAGGGCUUUCUUCCGCCAUCGCCAACAAAGAACGCGUGUCGCAGUCGCAAUCCACAGGAAAGCUGGCCUGUGACAUUUGCCGAGAACGUAAAUUACGCGAAGCCUCUCCGAGAGUGAACAAAGCAAGGUCCGUUGUGACCGGAGUGACCCGAAAUGUGGUCGUUGCGCGCGGCUUGGCUACGACUGCAGCUACCAGGGACGAAAGAGAUACCGUGCAGUUCAAGCGGAUAUGCCACGCCAAUUAUCGGAACUCCAGAAUCGAUUAG